CUUCACUAAAUGCUUUCAUAUUUUGGGCAUGCUGCUGUCUUUUCCUCUGACAUCAGUGUGCAGCCACACCCACCUAAGGGCCCAUGCAGAAGAGAGACUCCUGAGGAAACUGCUGACCCGCUACAACAAGCUGUCCCGUCCGGUGGCCAACAUAUCCGAUGUGGUGCUGGUCCGCUUCGGCCUGUCCAUCGCCCAGCUCAUAGAUGUGGAUGAGAAAAAUCAAAUGAUGACAACCAAUGUCUGGGUGAAACAAGAGUGGAAUGAUUACAAACUACGAUGGAAUCCCCAAGAAUAUGAAAAUGUCACCUCCAUUCGGAUACCAUCUGAGCUCAUCUGGAGGCCAGACAUCGUCCUUUAUAAUAAUGCUGAUGGAGAUUUCGCCGUGACUCACCUGACCAAAGCGCACCUGUUUCACGACGGCAGGAUCAAGUGGGUUCCUCCCGCCAUCUACAAGAGCUCCUGCAGCAUAGACGUCACCUUCUUCCCCUUCGACCAGCAGAACUGCAAGAUGAAGUUCGGCUCCUGGACCUACGACAGGGCCAAAAUCGACCUGGUGAGCAUGGCAAACAACGUGGACCAGAUGGACUACUGGGAAAGCGGGGAGUGGGUGAUCGUGAACGCCGUGGGGACCUACAACACCAAGAAGUACGAGUGCUGUACGGAGAUCUACCCGGACAUCACCUACUCCUUCAUCAUCCGCCGGCUGCCGCUCUUCUACACCAUCAACCUCAUCAUCCCCUGCCUGCUCAUCUCCUGCCUGACCGUGCUGGUCUUCUACCUGCCCUCCGACUGCGGGGAGAAGAUUACGCUCUGCAUCUCAGUGCUGCUCUCCCUCACCGUCUUCCUCCUCCUCAUCACCGAGAUCAUCCCGUCCACCUCCCUGGUCAUCCCGCUGAUCGGGGAGUACCUGCUCUUCACCAUGAUCUUCGUCACCCUCUCCAUCAUCAUCACCGUCUUCGUGCUGAACGUGCACCACCGCUCCCCGCGCACGCACACCAUGCCCCACUGGGUGCGCCGGGUCUUCCUGGACCUGGUGCCCCGCUUCCUGUUCAUGAAACGCCCCUCCACCGUCUGCAAGGAGAGCUGCAAGAAGCUCAUCGAGAUGAUGCACAAGAGGGUGAGCCAGCCGUCCGUCUGGGCCGAGACUGAGGCUGAGCCCUCGUUCCCCGUCUCUCCGUCGGACGGCGGAAAGGACGCUGUGACCCGCUCCCCGUCCCCGUCCUCGGCCCCGUGUCUAACUGCAGAGGAACGCCUCCACAAGACACAGCUGCUGGGCAAAUCUCCCUCCAGCCAGUACUCCAUUCUCCUGGAGGAGCCGCCCCACGAUGGGGGAUUCUCUGCCCCCUCCCCCUCCGCCCUUCUCCGCCGCCUCCCGCCCUCGGACGAGCCCCGGGCCCGGCCCAAAAUCCGCUCCCUCAGCGUGCAGUACACCCUGGGUGAGAGGGAGCUCGCCCCCAGCUCCGCCCGGUGCCGCUCCCGCAGCAUCCAGUACUGCUGCCUGCACGAGGAGUCCUCCCAGAGCAGCGGCGGCGGCGCGUGCCCCGCCCUGCAGCGCCACCCGCUGGCCGAGGACGCGUCCUGCGGGGGCCGCGCCCCCUGUAAAUGCUCCGCCCGCUUUGACUCGGCCCCGCCCUCUGCCAGAACCUCCAAGGUGUUCAGCACGGCGGAGCAGCACCUCCUCCUCAUGUCCCCCUCCAUGAAGCUGGCCAUCGAGGGAGUGCAGUACAUCGCAGACCACCUCAGAGCAGAGGAUGCUGACUUCUCUGUGAAAGAAGACUGGAAGUAUGUGGCGAUGGUGAUAGAUAGAAUAUUUCUCUGGAUGUUUAUUAUAGUGUGCAUUCUGGGUACUGUGGGACUGUUCCUUCCUCCCUGGCUCGCUGGAAUGAUAUAG